UGUGAAGUGUUAAGGCUAUAUAAAAUCGUCUCAGUCCAACCAGCGAAGAGGAAGACCCCGACCCAAGGAGAAGCAGGCUUCUGGAGCCAUAUGCCUCUCUCACUCAUGGCUUCUCGACUCUCCUUCAUCCCAAGCCCACAAUUUCAACUUGGAGAUUUACCAAAACACCCUCCACAACCACCUUCAUUUUCACUUCCGGCACUGGGUUUUCGCCGCUCAAAAUGUAGUUUUCAUCCGACGACCAUUUCUAGCUCAAGAGCAGAGUCUCCGCGAGCCAUAAGAGAGGAAGUCGUCCAAUCCCCAAAUUCUGAAUCAACCCAUGAUUCCAAAACCACCCCUUCCUCUUCUUCUAAGCUCGUUCUCGUUGUUGGAGGAACUGGUGGCGUUGGGCAAUUGGUAGUGGCAUCAUUGCUCAACAGGAACAUCAAGUCACGUCUAUUGCUGCGUGACCCUGAGAAAGCAGCAAUGUUAUUUGGUAAACAAGAUGAAGAGACAUUACAGGUAUGCAAAGGAGAUACUCGGAACCCGGAAGAUCUAGAUCCUACCUUUUUUGAGGGAAUCACACAUGUCAUUUGCUGUACAGGAACAACUGCUUUUCCUUCGAAACGGUGGGAAGGAGAUAAUACUCCCGAAAGAGUAGAUUGGGAAGGUGUGAAAAAUCUUGUAUCUGCACUUCCUCCCUCAGUGAAAAGGGUUGUUCUUGUUUCAUCAAUAGGUGUAACCAAGUUCAAUGAACUCCCAUGGAGCAUUAUGAAUCUCUUUGGUGUUCUCAAAUAUAAGAAGAUGGGGGAGGAUUUCCUUCUUAAUUCUGGUCUACCAUGUACAAUAAUCAGAGCUGGAAGAUUAACUGAUGGGCCAUACACAUCUUAUGAUCUAAAUACUUUGCUCAAAGCUACUGCUGGGAAAAGGCGAGCAGUUGUUAUUGGUCAAGGCGAUAAACUAGUCGGUGAGGUUAGUAGACUCGAUGUAGCCGAAGCUUGCAUACAAGCACUGGACAUUGAAUCCACUGAAGGCAAAAUUUAUGAAAUCAACUCGGUUGAGGGGAAAGGUCCAGGAAACGAUCAGCAGAAGUGGAGAGAACUAUUUGAAACAGCAACCAAAUAGCCAAACUCACAUGGUAAAUUGUAAAAGUUACUGUUCCAAAGGGUAAAUUUCAUGUAACAAAUAUUAUUGUCUAUAAAUUGUAUAUAACUAUUACACAUGUUACUUUUGUAAUGUAACUAGUCAUUCAUAUCAUAUUCGACCUUUUUCUCA